UAUAAAUGCCAGUGCGGGAGUGUGCUGACCUUCCGGGUCAGACUGCAGACCAUGUUUCUCCUCACUCCGGUGCUGGUAGCGGUUGUCUGCAUCUUGAUUGUGUGGGUCUUUAAAAACGCCGAUAGGAGCCUGGAGAGGAAGAAGGAGGAGGCUCAAGCUCGCCCCUGGGCAGAUGAAGACUUGAAAGACAGCACAGACCUCCUUCAAGUGGAAGAAGAUGCUGAUGAAUGGCAGGAGUCAGAGGAGAGUGUGGAGCAGAUCCCGUUCUCUCACACCCGGUACCCAGAGCCGGAAAUGAAGAUGAGAUCCCAGGAGUUCUACGAACUCCUUAAUAAGAGACGCUCUGUCAGGUUCAUCAGCAGCGAGCAAGUCCCAAUGGAAGUCAUUGAGAAUGUCAUAAAGGCAGCAGGAACAGCGCCAAGUGGGGCCCACACAGAGCCCUGGACCUUUGUGGUGGUAAAGGACCCAGACGUGAAGCAUCAGAUCCGAGAGAUCAUCGAGGAGGAGGAAGAGAUGAACUACAUGAGGAGGAUGGGAGACCGGUGGGUCACAGACCUUAAGAAACUGAGAACCAAUUGGGUUAAGGAGUACCUGGACACCGCCCCGGUUCUGAUUCUCAUUUUCAAACAAGUGCACGGUUAUGCUGCAAAUGGAAAGAAAAAGGUCCACUACUACAAUGAGAUCAGUGUGUCCAUUGCCUGUGGCAUCCUGCUGGCUGCGCUGCAGAAUGCAGGGCUAGUGACAGUCACGACCACGCCCCUCAACUGCGGUCCUCGUCUGAGGCUGCUCCUGGGCCGUCCCUCACAUGAGAAGCUGCUGGUGUUGCUUCCUGUGGGGUACCCCAGCAGAGAGGCCACAGUGCCUGACCUCAAGCGGAAAGCUCUGGACCAGAUCAUGGUGACAAUAUAAUCAGUUGCCCCAUAAUGGGAUGACACUUGCUUCCCCGCUCUGGGUCUGCUGGCUUCUCUUGCUCUCUGAGUCAGGUCUGCUCUGCACACUGGUGAACAAGAAACGAACUUCUCAUGUCAUGAAAUCUUUCUGCACUCUCUAGAACUUUCUGUCCAGUAAGUACUGUUUUUGAUGAACUGUUUUAGUGAACACAGGGCACUAAAGAAGCAUGCACACCUUAACCUCUACAAAAUUGGAGGCGAUUAUUUUCAUUUACUUAGAAAAUUCAUGUAUAGAAGAUAGAAGUCACAUUUGAAAGUUUCCUAUAGCUCCAAGGAUUACCUAUACAAUGAUUUAUAAUUUAAAUGUUUACUAAUCAUGUGGUCUUUCGGCCCUUUGCUUUCUGGUGGCUUUGAGACUAUGAAUGUGCUAUUGAGACCUAUUCUGUUAUUGGACUUCAUGGAAAUAAAAUCCUGAAUUAAAACCA